UUUGUGAGGCAACAUCAGGAUCCAGGUCACCAUGGUUCGCGGGUCAACUCUCCGUUCCCGGACGCCAUUACUGGGUAAAAUCCUGUGAAUCAGGACAAUUAAUUAGGCUAUAAGUACCCAAAGUACUACUAGUAGUGUCUUGAGUUCGUCCUGAGGAAGAUGACUGGCCUUGCGGCGCCGAUGAAUAUGAAUAUGAAGAGGAAGGAUGUUGAGGUGGUGGCCAGCCAUGGCUUCUCCAUCUUCCUUGAUCCUAAGAGGAUCAAACUAGAGCUGCUGCCUCCAUAUGGUAUGGAUGGCAUGAUUCUCGACAUGAUGGAAGAUGACGAUCCACCGGCACGUGCUCUAACUCCUACUGCUAGUGCACCAACCAUUGUCCAUGACAAGGUGAACAUUGUAUCUGGGGGCAAAUCUUCAGAGCGACCACUCAAGAACAGUGAAGAACAGGACGCUGCUGCAGCGACGCCGAUGGACGUCGAGGCAGAACCCCAGCAACACCAGCCAUGCCGGAAUGCUCCUUUCUUUUCGGGUUUCUUCUGAUUUCCCGAGUGGCACUCUACUGAAUAUAGUGGUGUAAGCGUGUGGCCAGCAUAUAGAUUGAACAUGUCCGUUUCAUGCAGUAUAUUGCUAAUUAAUCUUUAGUACCACCUGGACUAGUAAAUGUUGUUAAUCUACCUUUUUAACUCUUAAUUGUUAUUAAUCUAUGGGUCCCUCUAGGGCUCAUCUAGAUGAGCACUUAGUGUUCAUCUGAGAUGACAUCAUUAAUGUUUUGUCAUGUUCCCCCUCCAAUUGUCCUUUGUUUUGGAGAGAAUUUCUUAUUUGAUCCUUUUUUAAAAUUUGCUUCCCUUUUUGGCUCAACGUGGAAUCUCCAACGUGCAACACUUUCAUACAUUCAUAUUCACGCUACUUCUCUUCCCUUUCUUGGUGACAUAUACUAGUAUCAGGGGUAAAAUUGUUUUUAUACGUCAUAGUUAACACCGUUGGAUGGAAAAACGGAUGAAAGUGGCACAUAGGGAACAAAAUGGAGUUUAAGUGUCAAAAAGGGAAGAAAGAAGUUUUUUGGGCCAAAAAAGGAACCAAAUUUUAAGAAAGGGCCAAUAAGGAAUUCUCUCUUUGUUUUGUGGCUGCUUUUUCUGCUUCUGCCGAUAUGUUGGGUGUUCCAAUUGUGUUGUGCUUUUUUUUGUCUUUACUUUUCCUAGGGGAUUUUUUUUUUGGUCUUUGCUUGUACUGUUGUUUGUUCCUUGCCACUCUGGGCUGGGCUGACACAAAGAAACGCAAGAAAAAUACAUAGAAGCAAAAAUCUCGAAAAGUGCAAGCAGAGGCCGAGCUCCAUAGAGCUCUUUAUUAGUUUUCAGAGAAGAAAUUAAGAAAAAAGUAGCGAAAUACAUCAGAAAAAAGUAAGUAAUUUUAAAAAGGUGAAAGAAAUAUUAGAAAUAAAGAGAGAAGAAAUUGUGGUUACUAUUGAAGAAUGUAAUGCUGAUAUUUUUUUUCCAACAAAAAGUAGCAAAGAAUAUACAUUUUCAGCGCACAUGUGAAAUAUUUUCCAAUACACUUUGAACUUUUUUCAAUACAAGUUUUGAAAGAUCACUUUUUUGAAUACAAGGUAACAUUUUCCAAAUACAUGUUGUAUGUUUUUUAGUGGCAAUUUUUUUAAACUACAGAACUAUUUUUUAUAUUGUAUAAACAUUUCUUAAAUUUCCACAGAUAUUUGUUGUGAACACAUGAAUAUUUCUUUAUAAUGCCACCUACAUUAUUUUAAUUGAAAGAAACAUUUUUUGAACAUAGUACAGAUGCAGACGCUCAUACACUCACUACUAUGAAUGCACGCACGCAUACCCUAUCCUUAUGAGCAACUCAAAGAGACUGAGCCGGCGUAUCAUAUUGAGAUUGACGAAGUCUGUACAGAUGACUUUGUGGUCGAUGGGAACGUCUCCUCCCACCGAACGCACAUCGCUGGAAGGCCUGUAAUAAAUCCAGCAAACUGCGAGCACUAAUGUCAACUCUAGGACUUGAACCAUCGUGAGCUGGGAUACCACCGUCCUCCUAACAAUUCAACCAUAAAUUUGUUUGCAUUGAACUUACAAAAACGUUUUUUUUUACAUUUAACAUUGGUGGGCUGGGGAUAACAUUUUUUUGAACCUACGAUAAGUUUUUUUACAUCGUAUAAACAUAUUUUAAGACAUCAUGAACAUUUUUUGAAUCAUUGGAAUUUUUAUUUAAAUACUCAUAAAUAUUUUAAUGGUACAAUUUUUUUAAAAAAAAUAUGCAUUUUUUACAUCAUAUACACCAUUUUCUAGAAAUGCCACAAACACAUUUUUGAAA